ACGGUCCAGUCUGAUAGAAUUGACCUAAAGAGACUCAUGAGACACACGGAGAAAAAGCUGCUACAAGAGAGUCAAGACCACAGGGACGUCCGCUCUGGUACUGUACCAACGGGGCACGUAUCAACAAUUAGCCUUUCUUUUAAUAAACUAGAAAAAACAGAGCGUGAACGGACGCAUGGGGAGAAGGACGCUGCCAUGGCUGACCUCCAACACAGGCUGGACUAUAUGGAAACAGACUACGAGAAGAUCAUCCACAAUCUAAUUAGGCCUUAUCUGUAUCAGCUCCACUCCGACAACUCAUCAGAGCUGAAGGAGAAUCUGCCUGUGGCUCGACGAGGACGUGAGGACAAGGGCACGAACCUUCAUCCACAUUACAAGGAACGGCUCUCGGAAAUUGGCCUGAAUGCAAGGCACAUCUGA